CUCGUCGAGUUGCAAGACAAGCUUUGUGAGUCUCCUGCUUCUUCUCAGUCCUUCGUGUUCACUAGUGGAUUUGCAAAUAUGAAUAAUAUCAGAAGAAUGGGUAUGCAUUAUUUGCACAAAUUGAAUUGUGAACAUAUACCCAAAGACGUAAGAGACAAGGCGCAAAAACGUAUUAUUGACGCAUCUCUUUCACUUAUUCGGGAGAGAGCUAAGCUAAAGGGAGAGCUUCUUCGUUCUCUAGGGGGUGUCGUGGCAUCAUCAUGUCUUCUUGGAGUUCCUCUGGGGCAUAACUCCUCAUUUCUCCAGGGCCCAGCAUUUGCCCCUCCUUACAUUCGAGAGGCCAUGUGGUGUGGCAGCACAAACUCUACAACUGAAGAAGGCAAAGACAUAAAAGACCCACGCGUCUUGACUGAUAUUGGUGAUGUCCCAAUACAAGAUUUACGUGAUUGUGGCGUAGAUGAUGAUGGAUUAUUUAAUAUCAUCGGUGAAUCUGUGAAGACGGUGAUGAAUGAGGGUGUAAUGCGGCCCUUGGUGUUGGGGGGUGAUCACUCCAUAUCAUAUCCUGUGGUGAAAGCUGUGUCGGAGAAGCUUGGAGGACAAGUGGAUAUCCUUCACCUUGAUGCUCACCCUGACCUCUACGAUGAGUUUGAAGGAAACAAGUACUCUCACGCAUCUAGCUUUGCUCGAAUCAUGGAAGGUGGCUAUGCCAGGCGACUCCUGCAAGUCGGACUUAGAUCAAUCAACAUAGAAGGCCGCGAACAAGGACAAAAGUUCGGUGUGGAGCAAUUUGAAAUGCGAACAUUUUCCAAAGACCGCGAAUUUCUAGAAAAUCUGAAACUCGGGGAGGGGGUGAAGGGAGUGUACAUUUCGGUGGAUGUGGACGUUCUGGAUCCUGCAUUUGCUAGCGGAGUGUCACACUUAGAGCCGGGAGGUCUCUCUUUCCGGGACGUCCUCAACAUAAUCCACAACCUUAAAGGCAACCUCGUGGCAGCCGAUGUGGUUGAGUACAACUCGCAGCGGGAUACUGUUCAUGGGAUGACUGCAAUGGUGGCUGCAAAACUAGCAAGAGAGCUGGCUGCUAAGAUGUCCAAGUAACCCACUGAAAGGCGUUCACCAGCAAGUAGUAGUGAAUAAGGAUGGUCCUAUGAGUCUGAGGUAGGAAUUAUCUGAGUUUGGUGAAUAAGGGCUGUUGUAUGCUGUGAUGAAUAAAGGUUCUUUGUUCUUUAAUCCCACAAGGAAUAUCAAAUUUCUUUUAAGUUAAA